ACUUCCCCUUUCCUCUCCCAAAUAUUUUCACAAUUCUCUCUAUAACUUCACCCUUCGUAUAAACCGAUACAUACACCCACACCCACAUAUAUAUAUAUAUAUAUCUCUCCGUAUUUACACAUACGUAUAUAGACACAUACAUCAUACAUAUACGUAUAAUAGCUGAAAGAGUGUUUUUUUUUAGAGCGAGCGACGAAUUCCAAUGGAAGGAAGAAAGAAGAAAGCUUCGUCUUCCUCUCCUUGUUCUUCUUCCUCGUUAACCUCUGAGCUUUUUGGUUCCAGAGAAAACCCUUCUUCUCCUUCCUCUUCUGGUAUUCUCGGAUCCAUUUUUCCUCCUCCUUCUAAGGUUUUGGGAAGAGAAUCUGUGCGACAAGAGACUGUGACUGGUGGUUGCUGGAACGAGAAAACCUCCAAGACUGGUGGUAAUGUUGAUAGAAACAGGGAACAACAGGAGAAUCAUGGUUCAGGUUAUCAGCAGGAUCAGAGAGUACAACCCUGUCAUCUGAGUUCUUCCAUCUAUUACGGUGGUCCUGAUGUUUAUUUCCAGCCUCAAAAUUCCACCAGCAACUCUACGGUAAUCAUUAAGUCUAGAAACUUGGUAUAUGUAGCUACCUGAUAGUCUUGUGGAGCUUUUGAUGGUCUUAAAGGUUUUGAAACCAAUGUUAUUGUGCUUCUUCAUCGACUAUUGUCUCUAAAGAAUCUGGCUGAAGAAUCUGAAGACGAAUUACUUAGGGAAAUAGCUAGAAACUUUUAUCUAUAGCUGUUUUUUUUAUAAAGUUAGUCUUGUGGAACUUUUGAUGAGUUUUAAGGGUUUUAGAACCGAAGUUAUCACGCUUGUUCAUAGAUUAUUGUUUCUAAAGAAUAUUGUUUGGUUAUGUUUUAUCGUUUUGAAGAACAAGAAAGAUGGAGGCGAAGAUGAUUCCGGAAGUGCCUCAAGAGGAAAUUGGUGGCAAGGGUCUCUGUAUUACUAAGUAGAGAUCUUACUACUUAAGCAAAUGUUAUAACUACAAAAUCAAGGUACAUAGGAACAAAAAAAGAAUAGAGUAGCUGUGGAUCCGUCGUUUUUAGUAACUUCUCAUCUUAUUAUUACAAAAAGUAUGGAAGAAGUUUGAAUGUAGCUUAGCUGCAGAAAGCAGGGGAGUUGUUUUUGUCCCUUGUCGUGGUUUAGUGAUUGACCCGACCGGUUCAGAUUUAAUUUUCCCUUAAUUUUAUAGUUAAACCGUUGAUGGUUUUGUACAAACUCUUUAAAAUUCCAGUUUCCACGCAUAUAAAUAAAUAAAUAACCCUUCCUGUAAUCCUGUUCUAGCUCUUUGAAACUCUUUGUUAUGUUUGAAUGUUCAAAUCGGUCUGGUUAUU